UCUGCAGACCAGAGUUGAGAAUGACUGCCUCUGUUGUUGUUGUGGGAUCUUGUAUGACUGAUCUGAUCAGUUACGUUCCAGUUCUACCAAAGGGCGGAGAAACUGUCCAUGGAACUAAGUUCAUGGUGGGUUUUGGCGGAAAAGGAGCCAACCAAGCUGUAAUGGCUGCAAAACUAGGUGCAAAGACGGCUCUUGUAGCCAAGUUGGGCACAGACACAUUCGGAGAUAAUUACAUAGAGAAUUUGAAGAAUGUCGGAGUAGACAUCACCCACGUUGGGAGGGUGGAGUCUGCAGCUUCUGGUGUGGCUACCAUUACAGUGGACAAUCAGGCUGAGAAUUGUAUUGUUAUAGUCGGAGGAGCAAACAACGAGCUUGAUGACGAGGCCGUUAAUCAAGCCAAGAGUCUUCUGGCAAGCGGCAAAGUUGUGGUGUUCCAACAGGAAAUACCUUUAUCCACCAACUUGACUGCUCUGAAGCUUAUCAAGAGUCUAAACAAGGACAUUACCACAAUCUACAACGCUGCUCCGGCAACUGAUAGCCUCCCUGACGAACUGUACAAGCUAGUUGAUAUCUUCUGUGUUAACGAAUCUGAGGCAGAGAAGCUCCUUGGAUUAGAAUCUGUUAACUCAGUGGAAGAGGCUUCUAAUGCAGCGGGUCUGUUAAGAAAGAAAGGUUGCAAGAUGGGAAUGGUAACUCUUGGAGCCAAUGGUGUGAUUUAUCAAGACGGCUCUGGUGAAAAUGUCCAUGUUCCCUGUCCGAAGGUUAAAGCUGUUGAUACCACUGGUGCUGGAGAUGCAUUUAUCGGAUCGCUUGCUUGUCUGUUGGCUGAUGAGUCGUUGAAAGGAAGGUCGUUUCAAAGAAAGGUUGAGGUUGCUUGUAGUGUUGCUUCUCAGAGUGUCACUAAACUAGGUACUCAGAGUUCUUAUCCUACUUCAUACUAACUUCAAGCUUAUCCUACUUCAUACUAACAGUGCUUCAAGCUUAUCCUACUUCAUACUAACAGUGCUUCAAGCUUAUCCUACUUCAUACUAACAGUGCUUCA